AGUCUCCUGGAUCCUGGGUGUGUGCUGCUGCUCGAUUCAGACUGAGAGAGAGAGAGAGAGAGAGAGAGAGAAAACACAAGCUGUGCCUGUCAUCUGUCAUCUCGUUGGGAAAACUCCUACUCCUUCUUUACUGGACGGACUGAGAAUGGGAAACUAUCCGAGCUAGUUUGUGAAGAGGAGACACAAUCAGGAGGAGCUGUGCUAAAACUGCCAGGUUGAGCCUUCAGAGACACCAUUUACCUCCCAGAGAAGGACCAGGAGAACAGUGGACAUGCAGACCUUCCUGAAAGGCCGAAGAGUCGGGUACUGGCUCAGUGAGAAGAAGAUGAAGAAGCUGAAUUUUCAGGCCUUUGCUGAUUUGUGCAGGAAAAGAGGAAUAGAAGUUGUUCAGCUGGACCUCAGCCAGCCUCUGGAGGAGCAGGGACCCCUGGACGUCAUCAUCCACAAAUUGACUGACCUUAUCCUGGAGGCGGACCAGAAUGACUCCCAGGCUGUGCUGCUGGUGCAAAGAGUACAGGACUACAUCGAUGCUCACCCUGAGACCAUCGUCUUGGACCCUCUACCAGCCAUCCGAACUCUGCUGGAUCGCUGCAAGUCCUACCAGCUCAUCCACAGGAUAGAGAGCUGUAUGCAAGAUGAGAGGAUUUGCUCUCCUCCAUUCAUGGUCCUGAACACAGAUUGCAGCCCAGAUGUGCUGGAGCAGAUCAAGAGGCAAGGACUCACAUUCCCAUUCAUUUGCAAAACACGGGUGGCUCAUGGAACCAACUCCCACGAGAUGGCUAUUAUCUUCAGCGAAGAGGACCUGAAGGAUGUGAAGCCUCCCUGUGUGAUCCAGAGCUUCAUCAACCACAACGCGGUGCUCUACAAGGUGUUUGUGGUGGGAGACUCGUACACUGUGGUGGAGAGACCCUCACUGAAGAACUUCCCUGCAGGACCAGCAGACAGGAAAGCAAUUUUCUUCAACAGCCACAAUGUUUCCAAACCGGAGUCAUCCUCAGACCUGACCACGCGAGAGAACUUGGAGGGAGUGUCUCAGCCGCCCAGUGAUGAUGUCAUCAGAGAGUUGUCCAGGUCGCUGAGGCAGGCACUGGGCGUGUCCUUGUUUGGCAUCGAUGUCAUCAUCAACAACCAAACAGGCCAACACGCCGUCAUUGAUGUCAAUGCAUUCCCCGGUUACGAGGGUGUCCCUGAGUUCUUCAACGACCUCCUGAACCACAUCAGCAGCGUCCUCCAGAGCCACAACCCAGACUUCGCCCUCACCAGCGAACAGCCCAAAGCUCUGCCUGUAAGCACCACGGUACCUAACGCCGCCCCACCGGCCCCUGCCUGCUGCGGCAUGCUGGGAAAAGAGGCGAGCAGCAGCCCCUGGAUUGUAGAGGGCGACGGAGGACUGAAGGGCCCGCGUCAGAGACUGGGCUGCAACUCGGCCAUGUCCCCCAACUUCCAGCAGCACUGUGUGUCCACGAUAGCCACCAAGGCUUCCUCUCAGUGACUGAACCCCCCCUCUCCUUACUCCGUUUGACCCCUGAACAAAAAAAACGGAUGACAAUGGUGACAAUAAUAAUGAAUAAUAAUCAUAAUAAUUAUGAUGUUAAUGAUGAUAAUAUAUCUAAUCAAAAAGAAACCUUUUCCUAUAUAGUUAUUGAAAAUGGUGGUGAUUGGGUGUACGCUUUUUUCUCUCUGCCUUUUUUGUAUUUUUCGUUUAGUCUAAUGAGACUUAACAGUACUGUAAUGUGAACUUUGGGAACUUUGCCUAAUAGCUGAUUUUAUUUUUCUCUCUUGUGUGAGUUCUCUGUGAUGAAAGGGUCCAGGUGAGGUAGCCAAUCAGGACUUGGAGAGCGAUGUGCCACUAGAUGUGCAAUGUAUGAUCCAAACAAACACAUAAACACACGCGGGUACAUUAGGACUGGCCCGUGACAUGUGUUUGUUUUUAGUUAACACAGCUGACUCCUUUACGUGUCCGACCAACGUCUCUCCUCUUCACUUUGUGCAAACACGACUCCACGGAUCCCAGGCUGCUAUGUGACUGUGGCCAACCGUCUGAACACGAACAACAGAUUAGUUUUAGGUUUGGUUAGUUUGAACAAACAGGUGUCAGGUUUACUCCUCAGUGCCAUCAGAUUCAUUUCAAGUGUAGAAAGAACGCCUGAAAGGAAAAAAACAAACAUCACCAUCGAAUGUUCAACAACACAAAAAUCUCCAUGACCAUGUGACCAAGUUUAUUUUUUACUGAUUGUUGUUGCACCAAUGUUACUCUGUCCUUGAGUGCUUUACUGUUCGACUGAUGUUUGGUGUUAAACAAGCCGCAUCGUUGUUUGAGUCGCUCCACAAGAAGACGAGGAUCGCAUUCCUUUUUUGUGUUUGUGGAUGUUUCUUUUCUUUUUCCAGAGAAUUCCAGGAUUUUUUUUUUCAGGAUUCCAGAGGGAUUUUGUUUCCAUCACAUUAUGGAUUUGUAAUCUCCAGUAAUAGACUCUCACAUGUCUUCAGUGCUUCUAUCUGUGAUGUGAGCAAACUACUCUCCUGAGGCCAAUAUAACCUAUCAAAAAAAAAACAGACUGAGGCUGCUGUGAAGCUUGUCAUGUUCCAUUUUUAUUUCAAUCAGAUGAUAUACAUACCCACAAAGAGUCAGAUCUGUGUCUGGAUUACCCACCUGUUGGGUAUCAGUGGUUUUGAAAUCCUAAAAUAGUAACGGUGAUAAUUGGUUUGAAUAAUUAAAGAAACCUUCAGUCCAGGUUUCACUUUCUCAACCUGUCUUCUGUUCCAGCUGCUGUAUCUUUGUCACAUGUUGAAAUCAUUAGGAGGGGAAACGGGGAGACGGGACAGUCCAGCUCUUGUUCCCAGUGUUCACUGUGAGAUUUUUUUACUCCGAUUUUGUUAAUACAUUUGUCCUGAUAUCUACUAAGAGCAACUUUAUUUUAUUGAGAUUUUAUGGGGGAAAAUGUUUUAUAUGAUGAAAUGAAAAAGCACGGGAUGUUUUGGAACAAGCGGAGGAUAUUUACUGGGUGUAGCAAAGCGCUGGGUCUGGUUGUACGGUUGGGGACAGAAUGAGCUUGUGGUUGAUGCUGUUGUCUCCCUCUAGCAUUAGGAAGGAAUGAGUGCCAACCUGCAGUGAAUACAGAUUAUUUCAUUCCUCUGAGCCUGCUGCUGCUGCUUCUUCUUCUUCUUGUCUUGAAUAGACAUUCUUGCAGUUUUAUUUCCUACAUCAUAAUCCAAGGGGACCAACUGUCCUCUUCCUCACUCUGAGAUCAUAAACACUAGUGUCAGUGCAACCAUCUCACCAGCACCUCUCUGGAACAAAAGACAUCCUGAAACACAUUUUUGAGUGUUGUGACACCUCAAUGAAUUUAGAAUCUUAAAAUGUUGCAGCAGGCUCAGGGGAACCUUUCAGAUCCUUUCCCCACAUCUAGAAAUAGGGACAAAGUUGAGUGUGUGUCCCUGUAAAGGCUGAUACGUGUACACUGCUAUAUUGUGCGUCCUAUGUUGUGCUCCUUAUCGUGCUUCUAAAUGGGAAAUAAAUGGUUAAUCCUACCCUUGGUCAUUUCUGCAGCCCAGACUGUCAUCAUGCUCCCAGCUUCUACCUGAAUGUUUACGUCUUGGGUGUCUUGUACAGUACAUGUAUAUAUGCUGAGGCUUACAUCCGUACAGUAUGUUGUUUUGUAUCAGUUCUGUAAUUGAGAGGAAUCCACAAUUUUGUGACCUUUUUUUAAUCAAAUGGCCAAAACAACAGGGCGAAAUAAACGUGAAACCGUAUGUGGCUCUCUUUGA